CAUUAGACACGAGCAUAGGCAACACUUGACGCAGACCAUGGACAUUGCACACAAGGUGGUGGCCGGCUCGCUCGGCGUGGCCUCGAUCUAUCUCACGGGAUCGUUCCUCUUCAACACCUUCAACAUUGUCCGCCAGUCGAAGGAGGGCCCGCCGCCGAACGCCCGGGUCAACGUCGAGGCUCAGGAGGCCGCGAACACUGCUGGCGCGUCGACAACAUUGUCGAAUGGAUCAUCGGCAUCGCCGUAACAAGAUCGAGUCCCUCGAUCGCCGCCUCGACGAUCGACCUGCCUGCACUCGCCAAUCGGUUGCCGAGCUGCCCAUGUACAUGGUCGAAUCCCGCGGCAGCCGUAGCCGUCCCUUCAUGCG